AAAAAAGUUCGACUACGGGCGUAGAGGUGGAAAUAGAACGACUCAACUUCGUGACAUUGGAUCCCAGCAUCCACCGACAAGAUGGGCAAACGCAAGGUCACAGCGCUCGAGAAGACCGAGGCUAACUUGGCCAGUCUGCAGUACAAGAUCAGGGGGGACCCAAGAUCCUACGAGAAGGAAUUCGAGACCCACUGGGGACAGUACGAAUCGUCGCGAGAUCAAUUUCUUGAUUCGCCCAUUGGCAGCGACUCCAACUCCCUCAUCAGCUUCCGAGAACAAAUCGACCUGAUAGCGCACGUUUCUGACUGCUACCCCGAAGCUACGUCCGGUUUUGCGAAUGACCUACGUGAAAUCCUGACAAGGCAUCAUGCCGUUCUCGAAACGGAAUUGCGUGAGAAGAUAGUCAGCAGUCUUGUACUGUUACGGCGCAAGGAGUUGAUCGAUUCAAGCUACCUCCUGACCACGCUGUUCCCGAUCCUCGUUUCGACGCCUUCGAAGACCCUGCGAGCGCUAUUGUAUAGCAAGAUUUUGAGCGAUCUGCGCAAUGCCAACACGAAAGCCACCAAUCACAAACUCAACCGCACAAUGCAACAAGUGCUCUACAACCUGGUUGCGUCGGAUCGCUCGUCGCCUAAGGCGGUCUGGGCUGUCAAAAUAACUCGUGAGAUGUGGAAGCGGCAGUUAUGGACUGAUACCAAGCCUGUCGAUAUCAUGAAAGAGGCUUGUCUAGCAGAUAACGAAAAGGUGGUAGGUGGUGGUGUCAGAUUCUUCCUGGGAGGCGACAAGGAGCGCGAGGAAAUAGCAGACGACAGCAGUGACGAGGACAAUAUCGACGUCAGGAAAGUCAAACAUCAAAUAGGUAUCAACAAGAAGAGCAAAAAGAAGGCUAAGGCUCUCGACAAAGCUGUCGACAAAGUUAAGCGCCAAGAACGCAAGAAGAAUGCGCCGCAUCCGCUCAAUUUUAGUGCUCUGCAUUUGUUACACGAUCCUCAAGGCUUCGCCGAGAACUUGUUCCAGAAACAUCUUCUGAACUCCAAAGCAAAGCUCACGCUUGAGACUAGGCUAUUGAUUCUGCAGCUGGUAACUCGCUUGGUCGGUUUGCAUAAGUUGACCGUCAUUGCGCUGUAUCCCUGGUUCACAAAAUAUCUUACGCCUAGGCAAGAGUCCGUGACAUCAUUCAUGGCCUCGCUGGCACAAGCGACACACAACCUUGUGCCGCCGGAUGUUUUGGAGCCACUGAUCGUCAAGAUUGCCAACGAGUUCGUAUCCGAGGCGUCUGCCCCCGAAGUGGCAGCUGCUGGCUUGAAUGCUAUAAGAGAAACGUGUGCGCGACAACCACUGGCGAUGACUGAUACACUACUUCAGGAUUUGGUACAAUAUCGCAAGAGCAAGGAUAAGGGAACAGCUAUGGCCGCAAAGGGUCUACUUUCACUUUACCGGGAGCAAGCAGCAGAGCUACUAGCCAAGAGGGAUCGUGGCAAGCAGGCAACGAUGAAUUUGAAGACCGGAGAACAGAGGCAGCAGAAGUUUGGAGAGGAGCAAGUUGGCGGGAUCGAGGGCUUGGAGCUUUUGGCGAAAUGGAAAGAAGACGAGAGAAAACGAAAGCGGGCAGAAAAGGGGUUGCCAGAAGACGGAGAAGAUGGCGACGUGGAAGAUGAUGAGGAGGACUCUGAUGGCUGGGAGGUUGCAUCAAUUGAAAGCAGCGACUCCGGCGAGUGGAUCAGGGUCAGCGAUUCAGAAGACGAAGCUGAACCGGUCGCUAAGAAGCAGAGACGCGGCUCCGAAAACCUGAACGGAGACGACAGCACGGAAAACGCAGAAGAAGAGCUCAAGGCACUCUCGUUGCUUGCAACCACUCAGAUUCUCACCCCUGCCGAUCUGGCCAAGCUUCAUGAGCUGCGUAUCGAUGCAAGCAUCGACAAGGCGAUGGGAAACCGCAACCGCAAGAAGCAGGAUGAAUCACGGCACACCGACGAAGGCUUGACAGCCGAGCAGAUUGAGGCACCAGCGAAGUUACGCAAGAGUACCAAGGAAGAGCGGGUAGCCAUGGCCAAAGACGGCAAGCCGGGACGAGAGGAGCACAAGUCAACACAAGCCAUCAGGAAAUCCAAGAAGGAAGCUGAGGGCAAGUCGACGACGAACAAAGAGAAGGCACGCAAGAAGAAUUUCUUGAUGACGCUAGGCAAGGCCAAGUCGAAGCAGAAGAGAAGUCUUGUGGAUACGCGGAAGGUGCUACAUAAUCAUAUUAGUAGGAGUAAGUCGGGCGGUAGGAGACGUAAUGGUGUUGCGAAGUAGAGGAUCUGGGUCGACCUGGAAAAGUUCAAUAGAUACCGUUACAAGAGGUUUCGAAGCGCAGCGAAUUUCAUGAUGCCAAAGAAUAGCUCGGAAUGUUUGGAUUCAUGAGAUUGACCAAUUGACACUUCGCGUAGAUCUCGGUGCAUGCGAAUCUUCUUAUACUUCGACGCUUGUGAAACUCAGCUCGACUUCAAAACCGAC